AUGGAGAAAGCAAUCCUCAUAGCGUUUUUUCUCGUAGCCACAUCAAUGGCUUAUAAUCAAGCUCUCGCUCAAGAAGAAGAUAUCAUCAUCAGUCCAUCUCCAGAAGAAUUUGCAGACGAGCCAGCUGCAUUUUACGACCAUGAACUCCUACACCACAUGACGACAGAACGAAUCCGAUUUCUCCAAGAGUGUGCGGACAAGAUGAGCUCGAAAUGCGGGACGGAGAUUUCGGAAGGGUUGGUCUACGACAAGCCCGUGUCGGAGGCUUGUUGUGAGAACGUGUUGAGGAUUGGAAUAGAUUGCCACGAAGGGUUGAUGAGUUUUGUUUUCGCUACGUAUGAGCUAAAGGAUGUUGCUGAUGAGAUUUUUCCUAGGAGCAAGAAGAUUUGGAACCAAUGUGUUCGCACUACUGCUGCUCGGAUUGGUGCACCUAUCGCUUAUGAAACUUGA